UGAGCCUUGAAGACAGAAAGAGUGAGACAGGGAGACUUGAUGUCUUGCGUUAUUCCCUGAACUGUAAGACGAAAAACGAUACACAUUUAUUUGUUUCAUGCUUAGAGACUUUGUCCUGUGACGAUACAUGGCUUCCCUUACGUCUUGUUUAACACAUGAACUAAAACAGCAGCUCUGUGCUUUGCUGGGUGAUGUUGAACUGACUCUUCUCUACAAAGCUUCUGACCAUGAAUUUGAUGCUUCAGCCUUCCACGUUCGCUGUGACUAUCAGGGUCCAACUUUACUUGUAGCUUAUAACUGUGAUGGCUACAUCUUUGGAGGAUAUACUAGUGUAGAAUAUGCUCAAAGUGGGAGGAAGAUUGUCGAUGACAAGGCUUUCCUGUUCAGCUUUCCUUUUAAUGGUGUUAGACCUGUCAUCACCAUCAAAGUGAAAAGGGGAAAAGUGGCACGUGUGGAUGACUCCGAAGGGCCCAACUUUGGCCAACAGUUGUACUUUUGCGCAAGUGAUCUACCAUAUCUACGUGAUAAAGGACAGACGAGAAAUAGUUCUUUCAGUUUUGAUUCUGCAACGCUGUAUGGAGACGAGACUGAACUCAGUGAAUGUGAAGUGUACAAAGUGACUCACCGUCAUGUCCAGAACCCGUGGAGGAACGUUCUGUGGACUGCUGCACAAAAACAAGAGCUUCUGAAGAGCAUCAAGAACUAUAAACCCCCAGAGUCCUCUAUGAUCCGGGUUCGAAUCCUCAUGAUUGGUCCUGUAGGUGCUGGAAAGUCCAGUUUCUUCAACUCCAUCAACUCCAUCUUCAUGGGUCGCAUGACCAGCAAAGCCAUGGCAGGAUCAUCUGGCACCAGUCUCACCACACACUUUCGCACAUAUCCAGUGAAAGAUGGGCGUGAGGGAAAGCCGUUACCAUUUGUGUUGUGUGACACUAUGGGACUUGAGGAGCAGUCGGGUGCAGGUCUGGAUAUUGAAGACAUCAGCAGCAUUCUUCAAGGUCUCAUACCAGACCGAUAUCAAUUCAAUCCGGUGGCAUCGUUUUUGAAUCCUAAUGAGCAAAAGGUCAUCAGACCUGCUUCUCUACAGGAGAGGAUCCAUUGUGUGGUUUACAUCAUGGACACCACCAAAAUCUCCCUCAUGUCAAGCAAACUGGAGGAAAAACUCGCUGCAAUUCGCAUAAAAGUGAACUCACUUGGUGUUCCUCAAAUCAUCUUGAUGACUAAAGUAGAUGAAGCGUGUCCUCUGGUUGAGGAGGAUCUUCAAAAAGUUUACGUCAGUUCCUACAUUAAGACAAAGGUACAGGAGGUCAGCUCUCGGCUGGGUGUUCCUGUGUCUUGUGUGUUACCCGUGAAGAACUACAGUCAGGAGCUGGAGCUCAACCUCAGCUGUGAUGUUCUGCUUCUCACUGCUCUACAGCAGAUGCUCAACUACGCUGAAGACUAUUUGGAUGAUGUCAGUGUCAUCGAGUAAAACGUUGUAAAAAGUGUUGGGCUAAAGGCUUAGUCUCUUUUUUUUGUUAAAACUGCUUUAAAUGUUGUAAACGUUCAAACUAGUGUUCAGUAAUUUAGUGUGGUUUACCGAGUGCAUGAGUAUUGUUGAAAUGUACUAAUCUAUUACGAAUGCACGUAUGGUGUUAGGUCUAUAUAUUUAGAAUUUGAAAGCUAGAAAGUUUAAA